UGACAGCGUUCUUGUCACCGAUUCAAAACAGCGUGGAACUGAUUCAAGUGAAUCCCUCGUUGCUCGCGAGGCUUCCCUGUGCUUCGUUAUGGACCUUCCGAGUGUCCAGUGGCAGGAACACGUUUCACAGAAAUGGACCGGACUCGACCCCGAGUUUCAGGAGCACUUCACAUCCCUCACUGAAAUAGAUGAUGUUUUUAAAUAUGCCUUGAAUCUCACUACCCGAGAUGAUCUGGAUUAUCUACAUUCACUUUCUGCAAGUUACCCAGUACAGAAGGACACACAGCAAGCAGCCAAUUGCAGGGAGAGGGGUAACGGCAGCUUCAAGAACAGGGACUACACUGCAGCUGCUUUGCACUACUCACAGGGUAUAUGUUUUGCUCCGCAAAGUUCGGAGCAGCUGUCUCUGUGUUACGCCAACCGCUCUGCUGCCCUCUACCAUCUGCAGCACUACCAGGAAUGUCUUGAUGACAUCGCUAAAGCCCGGAAGAAUGGCUACCCCUUUCACCUUGUGCACAAACUAACAGACCGUCGCACACUGUGUCUCAAACACCUGUCAGGUGGACAACAGGGAAAAGGAGAUCCUAACAGUCAGGCCUUAAAAAAUAAUAAAGGUCCACGCAGAAGCCAACCACCAUCUGCUGAACAUAUCACAAGUUGGAUUUGUCCUCAAGCUACUGUUAGCUUCAGCCUGGAGAAAGGUCGACACCUGGUGGCGGCACAGAGAAUAGCAGCUGGGGAGAUGAUCCUGAGCGACAGGCCGUACAGCUGUGUCCUCAUACCAGGGAUGCAGGAGGUGGGAGGGAAGAGUGGAGAACAAGACACAGGAGAGUUGGGAACAGAGCACAGGUGCUGCCACAGGUGCUUGACUGAAACACUGAGUCCUGUGCCGUGUGAGGGGUGCAGCUACGGUCGAUACUGUUCAACUGGCUGUCAGCAGGACGCCUGGGGAGAACAUCAUCGCUGGGAAUGUCCACUGGGAGCGGAUUUGCUGGUGCUGGGUGUGAUGUCACAGCUUGCUCUGAGGGUAGCACUAAAGGCGGGGUUAAAAAACAUCCAAAUGGCCAGGGAGCCAAUCAGAGACGAGCACACAAAGUCUGAGCCAAGAAAUGAGUCCAGUGAAACCUAUCCAUGUCAUGCAAAUCAACUGGAUCCUUCUACCUCAUACUACGGCGACUCUUACAAGACUGUGUUUCACUUGCAUCACCUCCUGAAUCGUCAGAGCCCUGCUCUGCGUUUUCUCAGUGCUGUUACCGUAGCAACACUUGCCUUGAAGCUCAGCAAGGCAGGGCCUUUAUCUUGGGACCUCAGUGUGACCUCAACAGCAAACUGCCAAUCAGCAGAUGAGGAGGGAGGCAACGCAGGUCAGAGCGACGAGCUGUGGCUGAUGGGAAGUGCAGUUCUGAGGCACGUCCUGCAGCUUAGGUGUAACACACAGGCUAUUGUCAUGCUGAAAGAUACAGGACCAGCAAACUCGCCAGUACAGUCCAGCAGAGAAAUCCGAGUUGCUUCCGCAAUAUUCCCAACACUUAGUCUCCUGAAUCACUCCUGCUGUCCCAACACCAGCCUCGUGUUCAGCACUGGAGCCAACGUUGAUCCCUCUGUGUCCGCACACCUCUGUGAAAGUGUGGACGAGCACGGAGAUGCAAUCCCUGGAGUCGCUGUAACUGUCAGAGCAGCCAGCGAUAUCGCUGCAGGACAGGAGAUCCUGCACUGCUAUGGUCCUCACAGCAGUAGGAUGGUGACCCAAGAACGCCAGCGUCUCCUGCUGGAGCAGUACUACUUCCUGUGCCAGUGUAAAGCCUGCACCGUGACCCAGGAGGAAGCGGCAGAGGGCAGAGAGCAGAAGUCGGGUUCUGGAGUCAGUCAAAGCAAAUCCGGACUCCUGUGUUGCAAGUGCAAAGGAUCUCUCAACAAAAGCAGUGUGGACAAAGGAGCGGCAUUUAUAUGUUCACAGUCACCGUGUACUCAUCGUACGUCUUCAUCCGAAGUGAGCCUCAGGCUGCAGGAGAUCAGGGUCGUCCUGAAAAGAGCUGGGGACCUCAUGGAGAGAGACAGGCCUGAUGAGGCUCUGGGACUGUUGAAUAAAGUCCAGUUUCAGGCUGGACAAAUCCUUGCAGAGACGCACCCUCUACAGGGGGAACUGGCUGAUGCCAUGGCCAGAGCAUGUGCCACAAUGGGUGACUGGAAUAAUGCUGCCUCGCAUCUGGAACGGAGUGCUGUAUCUAUUGGCUCCCAAUACGGGGAUGACAGUAUUGAACUGGGUCAACAGCUCUUCAAAUUAGCUCAGCUACACUUCAAUGGUGGAGCCAGAGGCCCAGCUCUCUCUGUCAUCCCCAAGGUCAGACGACUCCUCUGCCUUCACCGUGGAUCGCACUGCCUCGAACUGCAAGAGCUGCAAGCCAUGGAGGACUGUCUUCGACGGUAGUCUAGAAAGAAUUAUUUUGAUUACAUAAUCCACUCUUUUUAUACCAAGGACCACGGGAGAAAAUAUUGAGCUCGCGAAGUAACACUGUUAUCGACAACGUUAAAAUACUAACGGUGUAAACAGGCCGAGCAAAAUCAGCGAUAGAUGGCAGAUUUAUUCCCAAUAAAAUAAUCUGCUCUCUCAUCAUCAUCCUCUUCCUCACAGACACUGGUGGAGUGAAAUUAAGAUCAAAACUCCGAUCACAUACCCUGGGAUAAACAGUAGAACAUUAUAUUCAAGUAGUACACAUGCCACAGUUAGAGAGCCAUGGAUCUAUCAUGACAGAAUACUAUUACAGUAUCAUUUUUGUUCUCAGUGAACAUGAAUAAACCUGUGAAACGAUCA